GUACUUUCCAUUUCUCGAUCUUGUUCCCUUUGUUUCUGUCCGCAGAAUAAAACGAGAGGAGAGAGAAGGAAGUAAGAGAUAAGGACAGGAUCAAACACACACACAAAAGAAGCAAGAAAACUAUUUUGAUAUAUAGAGAGAGAGAGAGGGAAGAGAGAUGGAGAAGUUGAAGUGUGAGCUAUGCGACGGUGUGGCGUGGAUGUUCUGUGAAUCAGACCAGGCGAGUUUAUGCUGGGACUGCGAUGGUUACGUUCACGGAGCUAACUUUCUGGUGGCUAAACACGCGCGCUGCCUUCUUUGUAGCGUUUGCCAGUCUCCUACGCCUUGGAAAGCUUCGGGUCUUCGACUAUGCCCAACAGUUUCCAACUGCGAGCCUUGCCUUGCUCGUAAGAAUAGUAACGGCAGAAAUGGUUACGGAGAAGACGACGGCGCAGAAUCUUAUGAUGAGGAUGAGGAGGAAGAAGAAGAAGAAAGUGAUGAUGAGGAAGACGAAGAAGAAGAAGAAGGGGAGAAUCAGGUGGUGCCGUGGGAUGCGGCUGCGGCGGUGCAAGAACCUCCAGUGAUGAGUUCUUGGUGUUCCGUUAGCAGCGGAGGAGAGGAACGUUUCAGUUUGGUAGAGAAAAGGACGCGACAAGAUUCAGAUCUUAACUCCUCCCAUGAUGAAUCAAACGAGUCACGACCGUUGAAACGGCUAGCGAGAGAUGAAACCUGGCCAAGAUCAACGGCUAUGAUGAAAUCAACCUUAAAAAUCAAACGACUGUGAUACACCACCAACAUAAAAUAGAAAUGCCAGCCGUUGAUUUCUGCUUAUUCAGAUUAGAUUAAUCAUCACUGUUCAUUGCAAACAAUUCAUCUUUUAGUUAAUUGAGUUUAGCUCCCUUUAUGGCUUAGUCGGCUUACUGUUUUUUCUGAAACCAAAUGUACUGGUUGAACCCAUUUUGCUUAGCUGCUUACGAUUUCGUAUUUUUGGUUGUAUUAUUCACCUAUCUAUAAUUAUGUUGAUUUUAUUUGUUUAAGCUA